CUCUUAUAUAGGUUGUAAUUGGAUGUCCAUGGCCAGCCUUGACUUAAAGUUAGAGGAGAAGUCCACGAAAAAUGGCAACAAGAAAUGGCCCUGGUAUGGAGCACCCAUAUUUUGUGCUAUAUGGUUCACGCUCUUCUAUGUGACCGUCAUACCAAGCUUUUUCUCCUAUCCCAAAAUGAUAUAUGUGCGCGAUGAGGCCAAUCAUCCGUAUGAAUUUAUUGGUGAGCGGGCACAGAUUCAGCUAGCCGAGUAUUCGGCGAUUGGCAACAAGAUGACAGGAUCCAUAAAUAAUGAGCAGCAUACCGUUAAUUUUGUGCUUCGGGAAGUGCAAAAAAUUGUGAAUCAGUCACGCAGCGAUCUCUAUGACAUCGUUUCGGAGGUGCAGUACUCAUCGGGCGCCUUUUAUCUGUGGGAAGCAGCCACCAGCUAUGACAAUAUAUCCAAUGUUGUGGUCAAGAUUGCACGCAAGGAUAGUCCCAAUGACAACUAUUUGUUGGUUAACUCUCACUACGAUUCCGAGGUGGGAACUCCCGCGGCUGCAGAUGAUGGCGUCAUGGUCGUCAUCAUGCUGGAGACUCUGCGCGUUAUCGCAAAGUCUGAGCGACCACUUGCUCAUCCCGUCGUCUUUCUUUUCAAUGGCGCCGAGGAGGCAAACAUGCUGGGCUCCCAUGGUUUCAUCACCAAGCACAGAUGGGCAUCCAAUUGCAAGGCGCUCAUCAAUCUGGAUUCGACGGGUUCCGGUGGUCGCGAGGUUCUAUUCCAAACAGGUCCCAAUCAUCCUUGGCUAAUGAAUUAUUAUCAGAAGUAUGCGCCACAUCCAUUUUCCAUAACCGUCGCCGAGGAGCUGUUCCAGAAUAACUUUAUACCUUCCGACACGGACUUUCGCAUUUUUCGCGACUAUGGCAAUGUUCCCGGCUUGGAUAUGGCACAUGCUCUCAAUGGCUAUGUCUACCAUACCAAAUACGACAAUUUUAAGAAUCUGGCGCGUGGCACCUAUCAGACCACGGGUGAUAACGUAUUGGCCUUAACCUGGGCGCUGGCCAAUGCUCCGGAACUGGAUGAUACCUCCGCUCACGAGGAGGGACACGCUAUCUUCUUUGAUUUCCUCGGCUGGUUCAUUAUAGUCUACACCGAAUCCGCCAGUAUUGCCAUCAAUAUCGUUGUAUCCAUAGCUGCCCUGAUUUGUAUUGCGCUUUCCCUGUAUCUCAUGAUAAAGGACAAGGAUGCGGAUAUGACACCCAAGUCUGUGGCCCUGCGCUUUGGCAUCAUAUUCCUGGUGCAGCUGGGCGGAGUGGUCAUUGCCUGGACAAUUACCAUAGUUGUGGCGCUCUUUAUGCUAGCCGUUAACCUGGGCGAAUCGUGGUACUACAGCAUUUGGAUGACAUUUGGCCUUUACUUUUGCUCCAUGUUCUUUGGACUGGGUCUGUUGCCCGCCAUCUACAUACAAUGGAGCAAGCACAAGACGAACAUGACUCUAAAUCAAACGAUUGCUUGCUUCAUGCAUGCCCACUGCAUCCUAAUUGUUUUCAUUUGCCUUCUCAUGACCGGUCUGGGCAUCCGUUCUGCUUUCUUUCCAAUGAUCGGCUUGUUCUUCUACACCAUCUCAAUGAUUAUACAGAUGAUCCUAAAAGUGACCAUUAAGAAGAGCUAUUUUCUGAGCGUGCAUUUGUUGUGCCAGGUUCUGCCUUACUUCUUCUACACCUAUUUGAUUUAUGUGUUUCUGCUGGUAUUUGUGCCCAUGCAGGGACGCGAUGGACCUGACAGCAAACCUGAUAUGCUACUGGCUGUCUUUAUUGCCCUGAUGACGAUGCAUUUUGCUGGAUUCAUUAUACCAAUUUUAAAUAAGUUCCGCAAAUCAAAGAUCUUCAUCUCAAUGUUUGGAGUACUUAUCAUCAUAUUCAUCAUAUUAGCCGCAACGCCUGUGGGUUUCCCCUUCAAAAAGGAUGUUGCUGCACAGCGCUAUUAUGUUUUGCACGCCCAACGCAUAAUUCACAAUGCAGACAAUAGUGUUACACAAGAUACUGGCUUUUACAUACAACCCGUUGAUACCCGCUAUUCCGAACUCUACGAUACAACGCUCAAGAAUGUAGAGCCCGAGAGUUGGCUUCAAGAUAAUUGUGCUUCAGAGCCUUAUUGCGGUCUGCCGCUUUACAGCGGACGUUGGCUGAACUGGAAAGAUAGUGCUCGUUGGAUUUAUAGUGUGGCGCCAGUUUUGCCAGUGGCCACGGAACUCACAGAGGUCUCGAGGCACUCUAUAAGCAUGAACAAAAAGCGAUAUGAGUUCAGAUUAAAGGCUGGCGAUCGCAUUGUGAUGUACUUUGAUCCCAUGGAGAAGGUGACGAUCACGAACUGGUCGUUUGAUGAAACAAUCUUAGUGGAUGGUCAUACUGCUCCAUAUUUUGUAUAUCAUGUUGCUUCCAUGGUUAAGGAGCCCUUUAACUUCUGGCUGGAGUUUGAGCACGAUGCGGCCAAUACGGAUGGACCGUACUUUAAGCUAGCCGUGAGCGUUCAUUUCCUUUAUCACUCGGAAUAUUAUACGCCCGAAUUCGGUGAGUUUCUUAGCACGUUUCCGGAUUGGACUUAUACGACCGAUUGGUUUGCCUCGUACGAAAGUUGGAUCUUUUAAAGGCGAUUAGUAAAUACUGUAGUUAAGCUGAAUUCUAUAACUUAAUAAAUUAAUUAAGAUGUAUUUUAA